AUGGAUGUCGCCGCCUCCGAAUUCUUCAAGGAAGGAAAGUACGACUUGGACUUCAAGAAUCCUAAGUCGGAUCCUAGCAAGUGGCUCACCGGAGAUCAACUUGCUGCGCUCUAUCAAACCUUUAUCAAGGAGUACCCUGUUGUUUCAAUCGAGGAUGCCUUCGAUCAGGAUGACUGGGACAACUGGGGCAAGCUUAAGGCAUCCACUGACAUUCAGCUCGUAGGUGAUGACCUGACUGUCACAAAUCCAAAACGUAUCCGCCAAGCUAUUGACAAGAAGAGUUGCAACUGUCUGCUGCUGAAGGUCAACCAAAUCGGCUCAGUCACUGAAUCGAUUGAAGCUGCCAAACUGUCUCGCUCAAAUGGUUGGGGUGUGAUGGUCUCUCACCGAUCUGGGGAAACUGAGGAUACCUUCAUCGCCGAUCUCGUCGUCGGUCUUGCUACUGGACAGAUCAAGACUGGAGCUCCCUGUCGCUCUGAGCGUCUAGCUAAGUACAACCAACUGCUUCGUAUCGAAGAAGAACUUGGCAAAGACGCAGUCUACGCCGGAACAAACUUCCGUAAUCCAGCCUAA